AUGAAACGAAGACUCUCUCAUCAUGAUUGCGCCACAGCAGCACUUGAUCCUCCUGCAAUCAAACACACAAAAUCAUCGAAUAGCAUCAUCAUCUCGUCAGAAGAACCUGUGGUCGUGAAAAUUAUUCAUCAUCUCCUGUCGGAACCAUUGGUGGUGGAUCGGAUGUAUCAACUCUUGCAACAAAAAUUUGAAAAUCAAUCGAAAGGAUUUUGCAAAUGGUUAAAGGCAAAGGAGAAAGUCUUGAAAGAAUCUCACGGUCCCAUAGAAAUUGAAUUCAUGAAUGAUGAGGAAUAUGUGAUUAAACGUCUCUGUGAUGGCUCUUGGUACUUUCCGAUGAAAUGGAUCACAACAAGCAUGGACAUUUCAAAACUAUGUGAAAAUAAUGAAGAAAUGAUAGGUAGAAUUGAUUUUUGGAGACCUUUCAAAACAUCCAUUUUGAAAUCCCUUUCUUGCUAUGAAAUGAAAAUUUUACAUUACAUUCCAAAAGAGUUUUUCUUUGAAUAUAAAAAAGAAAUUUCAGAGAUAUUUCAAAACAAGUGGGAAUUUACAUUUUUAUUUGACCUUGAUGAUUUUGAUCAGGCCAUGCAUAUACUUACUUUUGAAUGGUGUCAAUUGUUUCAACUCUCAGAAAGAUUACGAGACAAUGAAGAAGUUGUGAAACAAGCCAUUCAACGUGACCCUUCGAACACGCGAUAUGCAUCUGAAAGGUUGAAAAAGGACAGAAAAUUCUGUAUGGAUAUGGUUCGUUCCAACUAUGACGUCUUUCCAGAAUUAUCUCAAGAAUUGCAAAGAGAUACAAAAUUUAUAAUGGAGUUGUUGAACACAACUUCUAUCAAUGAGGAUGAUGGAACAAUCCAGGAAGACCUUCUUUCAACAAGAUGUAAUAUUCCAGAAUUAAUCAAUCACAUAGGUCAGGACAUUCUCAAUGAGCUACCAUUGGAAACGAUCAUGCAAGUCUUUCAACAAUUAUUUCUCAAAGAUGCUCCUUUUUGUCUAUCCAACAAGGACAUGUUGAGAUUGGUGCUUCAAAUGCUUCAUCAUUUACCUGAUGAGUACUAUCGAGCACAUAAGAAUUAUCAACGCCAUCUCACACAACAAGGACAAUUUGCUCGAUCAUUAUUUGAGAAUUGGGAAGAAUCCUUCCAAGAAGAACUUGGGGAUCAUGAAUAUGUUAUUCUAUUUGCACAAGUGAUGAAUCGAGUCUACAUGCAUUUUGAUCAAGGAGAUUUGAAAAAUGAUGAAGAAUUUAUUUCGAAGCGUGUGGAUUUGAGACUCAUGAUGAAAUACUCACAAAUUUGUUUGAGACACGACAGAAAUUUUGUGUUGAAAGCUGUCGAGAGGAAUGGAACUAUUUUCAAUGAAAUUUCAUAUGAAAAAUUUCGAAAUGACAAGAAGAUAGUUUUAGUUGCUCUUUCGAGUGAAAAUCCAUGUUCAUAUAACAACAUUCCACAUCAAUUUCACAAAGACAAAGAAUGUCUUUUGACAGCACUGGAAAAUGCAGAAAUGGACGAUCAUCUACUUGACUAUCAAUUUUCAAGAUAUGUUGAAAUGAAUGAUCGAGAUAUCAUCAUUGCUGCCAUAAAGAAAGAUGGCGAAAUGUUAUCGCACCUUCCCAUCAAUUUUAAACAGGAUACAAACUUUAUUUUGAAAUGUGUGACAGAAUAUCCACACAUUAUGGACUAUUUAUUAGAGACCAAGGAUGUUCUUGUAAAUGAUGAAAUUAUUUCCGAAUAUGUGAAACACAGUGGUGUAAUGACAAAGAAUCUCUUAAAUUGGCUUUGCAAGAAAUAUUUCAAUGAUCGAAAUGCAGAAGAAAUUUCAUUGGACGAAGCUGCUUCAUUAUUGUACCGUUUGAGAGGCCAGAGAUUGGAAUUUGAAUAUUUUGGAUGUCACAUUCCUCAAAAUCACUUGUUGAAAGAGCCAAUCAAGCUGUUGGAGGGACAUUCAAACGUGUUUUCAAAGUCGGAUUUCUGUAUCGAACAGGAUGCUCCACUCAAGAAAUACAAUUCAUGGAAAGAGUAUUUGUUUGGGAAUGCAAGUUGGGAAAUCUUUGAACAAUGUUCUUCAGGGUGUUUUGAUGAAAACGAUUCGGAAGAGGAUUGA